UCUGAAAUAUACACUCAUGAUGUAUCAACUACCACACCGUUGGUUAUAGAGAAAGACUGGCUAGAGAGUACAAUGACAAAUGAUUUCAAGCCAUGGGCUGCGCAUCAUGCUGCAACUGACAAAGAUAUCCAAGAGCGACACAGCACAGACAUAGCUAUCUUGCCGUUGUUCAGAGAAUAUGCUCAUACACCCGCUAUGAUGCUGCACUCAAUGAACAUAGUAACCAAGGCAACGAAGUUCAUUAAUCCCGACCAGAUUCCCGUAAUUGUCGCCGAUCAACCACUGUAUACCCUUCUAAAACAACUGCAAUAUUUGUUUCCCUUGAAGGUAGGAGAGGACAAGAUUUUAAUAAUGAUGGGUGGACUACAUAUUGAAAUGGCUGCUCUUCGACUAAUUGGACAGUGGUUGAGUGGAAGUGGGUGGGUGGAAGCCUUAGUACAGGCAAAUGUGACGACACAGGGUAGAUCAGAAUCUAUGUUGACAGCAUCACACGUAACACGAACGAGAUAUGCUCAUCAGGUGACUGCCGCAGCUCUGUAUUAUUUGCAGAAAGAGGCCUACCAAGCCCAAUUGGAUGUCGGCGAUGAAGCACAAGGGCCGUUAAUCACUUUCGGAGAGUGGCGUCUGGAAAAAUGCGCUAGCACGCCUCAAUUCAAAUAUUGGGAUUUAGUGCUGAAUCUCGAGCUGAUGAUCUUACAGUUCGUUGGGGCAAUCAGAAAAGGAGAUUAUAAAAUAUACCUAGAUUCCAUAAGAAGAUUACUGCCGUGGUUCUUUGCAUUAGACCACAUAAAUUACUCCAGAUGGCUCUCAGUUCAUCUCAGAGACUUAGUGAACUUAGAAAAAAUGCAUCCAGACUUGUUGAAGCAUUUCGAAAAAGGCCAAUUCGUGGCAAGAAAGACUGAUAGGCCCUUCUCUGGAAUAGCCCUAGAUCAAGCGCAUGAGCAAAUUAAUGCUAUCCUAAAGGGAGAUGGUGGUAUGAUUGGCAUUACCGAAAAUGCUGACUCUUUACGCAAAUGGAUUAUAGCUGCGCCUGAAUUGGCUGCUUUAAUUGAAAGCUUCGAAAGUGAGAUUCUACCGACCGAAUCUGUCCAUGAUUAUCGUCAUCAUUCCGACACUGCCGCUAAUCAAGAACUAUUCAUGUGCGAAGUAAAAUCUUUAAUAGCAACGAUUAAGGAACUCGGCAGUCCGUUUCUAGAAGAGACGAAAGAUCUUUAUAAUAUUGAUACAAAGAAUGUCGCUUCUUCAGAAGUAGUAGAAACAGUUUUCAAUAUAGAAAAGUUUGGCAACGAGCAGUACGAAAAUUUUUGUAAGGAAAGACUGAAUGGUGGGAAAAGUUUGCUUGAGCCGAUCAAACUUAAUAAGUAUGCUCGAUUUAGUACCAGUUCCAAGAAGUCUGACAGCAAAACGAAAGCGAAAUUAGUUGGGCUCAAAAAUGAUUGUAGUCUCUUCAGCAAGCUAUAUAUAGCUACGUGCGAGCACAGAACAGGAAGCCUGGAUUCAUUUUUCGCUCACGAAAAUCAAGCUACACCUCCAUCAUUAUCAGUCAUGGGAAAAAUGCGAUCAGGAACCAAAUCAGAUCUUUUGAAAUGCCUGAUCAACCAUUGUGAUCCAGCUCACACAGCCAUAGUGCCGAGUUCACCACCAGUAUCAGCCAAAGUUUUAGAUGGUUCUGCCUUGGUGCAUAUGCUAAGCCCUGGACACAACAAAAUAUUUCAUGAGUAUGCUGACACAGUGUUUAUACCUUUUUUGCAUAGAGAAUUUGCCACUGUAUCACGUAUAGAUUUAGUAUGGGAUAGGUAUGACAAUGAAAGUCUUAAAAAUACAACAAGAGAGAAACGUGGCACUGGACAAAGAACACGAGUUACCCUAAACACUAAGAUUCCCAAGGGUUGGUCAAAUUUUCUUAGGGAUAGUACAAAUAAAGAGGAAUUAUUCCAUCUUCUUACGUCCCAGUGUCAUACCGCAAAAUAUGCAAGUAACAAAGAAUUGUACGUGACGGAUGGUGAGGUAGUUCUCAGCAAUAGUAGCAGAGACAAACAAAAACUAGAACCAUGCAACCACGAGGAAGCAGACACGCGCAUGAUGGUCCAUGUAGCUGAUGCUGUAGCCCAAGGUCACACAAAAAUUAUGCUACGCACAGUGGAUACUGAUGUUGUUGUUCUAGCAGUUGCAUGUAUAUCACAAUUGCCGGAGCUCCAGGAGUUAUGGGUUCAUAUCGGCACAGGAAAGAAUCACCAGUUCCUCUCGUGCCAUGCUAUUGCAGCUUCUUUAGGACCAGAAAGGACAGAAGUCUUGCCAUUCUUCCACGCCUUUUCAGGUUGCGACACUGUUUCUUUUUUGUGUGGAAAGGGAAAAAAAAGCGUAUUUCAAGCUUGGAGCGGAUAUCCUGCUGUAACGGAGGGAUUUAAAUACGCCAAACAAGGCAAUAUUGAGCAGGCGUUGCCAAUAUUGGAAAAAUUUGUUAUUGUCUUGUAUGAUAAAUCAGGUACAAGUAGGCGUGUAAAUGAGUGCCGAAAAGUACUUUUUACACAAAGAAAUCUCCAAUUAGAGAAUCUGCCUCCAACGGAAGAUGCGCUACACAAACAUAUUCUCCGUGCAGUUUACCAAGGAGGGUAUGUUUGGGGGCAGAUUAUAGCUCCUCAGCAAGAGCUACCAUGCCCUGCUGACUGGGGCUGGUCGAAAGAAAAUGGUCAUUGGGAGCCCAUAUGGACAGGCCUACCUGCGGCGGCUGUUGCUUGUUUAGAACUUAUUCGUUGCCGCUGCAAAACAAAAUGCGCAGGGAGGUGCAGCUGCUUUAAAAAACAACUAAAAUGCACGGACCUGUGUGCAUGUAGUGGCAAUUGCGAACAAUAAAUAUCUUAUUUCAACCUGCAUUUUUUGUCAA